AUGAGUGCCUGGACAGACGACGAGUACAUGAAUGCGCAGGCGGCAGUCUCGCUUCCCCCACAACAGUAUGUCCCUUACAGAACGCCGUCAACACGGUCGAGAAAAUCGAGGCGCUCGGCUCGUUCUAUCACGCCGCCGGCAAAGAAGAAGAUUUCGCCAACGAGGAAUGGGAACGCCUCUAAGCGUUCCUCGAGAGAUAUCACAACCGACGAGCAGAUAAGCAUCCUCGACCCGCGACGCUUCACCCCCACUCUGCAUGCCAACUUGGUUUCCGAGAUCUUGUCGCUCAGAAGAGACCAAGAAGAAAAGACGAAAGUGAUCGAAAGCCUCGAAAGUGCGCUCCAAGAAAGCAGAGAAGAACGGGACGCCCUACAAGAAAGUGUAAAUGCUACGACCAAGGAGAAUCGCUCUUUACAACGACAGCUGUCUUUACUAGAGGGCGGAACCUCUUCCGCUCUGGGAGAUCUUUCGCGCGAGAGAGACGAAGCUGUUGAGUCGGUUUCUGAGACCAAGAAACGCUUAGAGGCAGCCCAUAAGAAAAUUCGGAGCCAAGAAGAAGAUUCGCAGCGAGUUCAUGAGCAAUGGGCGGAGGAAAAAGAGAGCUGGGACAGCGAGAAGCGCAAGUAUGAGCGGCGGAUCCACGUGGCGGAGAGCCGCCUUCAAAUGGUGCUUGAUGAGGUGGCAGCCUAUCAAGCCAACCACGCAAAUAGAGCAGCAGCUCAGCAAGGCCACGACCAUGAAAGCGAUGCCGAAGAGAGCGGCAGGGAUAAUGACGCAGGCAGUGUCCGGACAAUGAGCCUGACAAGCAGCAUUCGGUACUCCCUGGCCAACGGAGCCGGCCUCUCCCUCAACGGCUAUUCUCUGGCAGAUGAGCUCAAGUUUGAUGACACUGACGACCAAACGGAGGACGGACGCGAGAGCGUCUUCUCAAGCCCACGACAACAUCGGCGAACAUACAGUCGUGAGAGCGUCAUCAGCAAGCUCCAUCGGAGGACGCAGAGCAUUGACAGCGUAAAGCGUCCUGGCAGCGUUGCACGCGCCAGUAGGAUCCUGAUGAAUCAAUCACUCCUCGAGGCUCUUGAAGGUGAAGACGAAGAGACUGAGGGAGAAGACUCUGCCCGGGCCUUGACUCGUACGCCUACCAACAAGCCAACCUACGCUGACGCCGGAGUCCAAUUCGCUUAUGAGCAUUCCUACAACAGCGCUGGGUCACCUACGCUGGAUGCCGAGACGCCCCCGCGAUCUCCCGAACGAAGGGAUCGAGUUGACUUACCCCCUGCUAUCGAAAUGCCUGCUACACCCAAGCACAUGGUGUCGUCAGCCUCACAGACGGUUGAGGUUCCGUUGACGCCGCCAAAGACGCCGAACUCAUUGUACAGCCUGCCGAAUGGAUCACCAGCGGAGGUGAAAGCGCCAAAGGCUGGACCAAAGAUGGUGACUUCUUCUACACAGACCGAGACUCCUGCUUCAGCUUCCGUGGUCGCUCCCGUACCGCUACCCCCCUUGGACAUUCCGAGCAUCAGCAUUCAGCCACCAACCAGCCGGCCUACAUCUCCGCAUUCUCCGAAGCUGCCCCAGCAUUUCAAGGACUUUGGCUGCCAAGUCAACAUCAUUGUUCAGAGCGAUAUGGUUGAUUCAUGCUCUCAAACGGAGGCCAUCCAAAUUGACAAGCGGCUGGCUCGCCUUCCAGCACAUCUCCAGCCGUCUUCUAUCACUUCCCGGCCUACCUCACCUCAUCCGUCGGGUGUUACUGUUCCCGACAAGAGCGACAUUCCUCUUCCUGGUAUCGUGCCUCCUCGAAACCCUCGACGGUUGGAGAGCAGCCGGUAUAGCACUGAGCUUCCGUCUUCCCCCAUCAGUAUCGCAAUGGAUGACCAUGAUCUGCACGACUACAACGACGACCUUCUUCUAUCAGGCCCACGCGCUCCCAUAAUACCACCGCGCCGCUUCAGCAGCCUGUUCUCCGGUUUCUGCACCGAUUCAGACGAGAUUGACGAGUUUGGUGAUCUUGACUUGAGUGAUUCCGAGUACCGCACCGCCUUAACGGCUCCUAGACCCCCUUCGAACUUGAGCCGAACGGGCAAGCGAAGCUCGUUUGGUACAGUGGCGACUUCGCCAGACCAGCCUUCCAAGCGCUCUGGUAGGACGUCUGCACGAUCGGUAAGGAGUGGCGACCUGUAUAGCGUUGGUGAGGACGAGAGACCGAGCAGGAUCACGGAGCUGUCUCCCGCACCUGCCUUGGCCCCAUCGAGCCGCAACAGCGACAUGCGAAAGGCGACAAUGGCUCAGACUGGCAUGGUGAACUACCCUACCAUCGUCGAGCCUAAGAACCCGCCGCCAUUCCCUAUCCCAGCCCGAGCAAGCUCGCGGAAGCCAUCCAUCAGCACCAGCAUUCCAAGUGACGGGCGCAGUACUCCAUCGACAACCAGCUGGCAUCGCCAUCGCCGAAGCGGCAGCCGCACUUACCAGGUCAACAACGUUCGUCGUGUCCGCUCUGCGAACACGCUGGAAAGUCAUGAACGCCAUCGCAGGACAGGCAGCCGAACGCCGCCGUUGUCGCCUUCGACUGAAGCUCCCGAAAGCCCCGGCCUCCCGCCCCUGCCUCGGAAUGCUAUUACCACGCCCAGGAACCGAGAAGGCAGCACGUAUAGGAAACAUCGCCAUCAGCUAUCCAACGGCACGGUCAUGACGGCGAAAUCAGAAGCUGUGUCUCAGGCCAGCUCGCAAACCCCAGGAGUCGUGGAUGCUAUCGCCCAGACCAUGGUUGGAGAAUGGAUGUACAAGUACGUUCGUAGAAGGAAGUCGUUUAGUGUUGGAGAGGGCGCGCACAAGGAUGAGAACAGCAACGACAGACACAAGCGAUGGGUCUGGGUUGCACCAUAUGAGCGAGCUAUCCUUUGGAGCAGCAAGCAACCGUCUUCCGGCAGUGCCUUGUUAGGAAAGACGGGUCGCAAGCUGGCUAUCCAAUCCGUCCUCGAUGUCAAGGAUGACAAUCCGGCACCAAGGGGUGUCACGACGCCCAUCUUCAACCGAUCCAUUCUGAUCCUCACACCCCAGCGAGCACUCAAGUUCACGGCACCCACGGCAGAGAGGCACUAUCUCUGGCUGACAGCUCUGUCAUUCCUGGCCCAUUCUUAUCAAGCUGUCCCUGACGUCCUACCUGCUCCAGCUCAACAGCACCUCUCGGUCAAGCAGCAGCCUCUCCCGAACUUCGAGCCCCCCCGACCUACUAAGCUGACAAGAGGAGGAAUCCGGGAUUCGAUUCGAUUAGCCAAGGGCCGGGCUGUUGCGCCAAAGGCGGAGCUGUCGAGCAUGCCCAGCAUUCCCGACAUUCCCGACGUUCCGUCCGUACGGAUGGGUGAUGUGGCCAGGUUUCGAGUGGCAGAGUCCGUGACUGGACCCGGACACUCGAGGGAGGACUCGGUGGAUGCCGCCGUACCACCCAUGAUUCCACGCUUCAGCGACAAGAAGGGUCGCAAGGCUGCCAACCACGGCCGCAAGCGAAGCAACACGGGAGGCCAUGCGGCCCCGCCGCUGUCCUUCCGAGGCUUCGCAGGACCGACGCUGGGUGAAAGCGAUUACCACUAUGCAAACAGCACGGCCGGCGCCAGCAUUGACACCUCUGGUUCUUCUGACAUCUACCAGUCUCAGGGAUCCACUGCUGCCAGCUGGGGAGUAGCCCAGACUCCGCUGUCGACGGUAUCGUCUCAACAAGGCAACUUCUUUGACGCGAUAGGUACUGUGCGCAUGGAAGCGUUCAUCAGCCCUCACGCAUACCAGGAGUACAAUGAAUAUCAAGGAGGAGAAGACUAUAGGUCACUGGCACGGAAGAAGAGCAAGGAAUUCCGCCGACGCAGCAGCCGACACCGUCGUCGAGCCCAGCUGUCAAGGAGCACUCGCGCAUCCGACGAAUUCUUCAGCGGAAGCAAGACCGCAGGAGAGGAGGACUUCUUCCGAGACGAUCCUUUCAAGGGGUUCUGA